AUGAAGUUCUCCUCGAACAUUGCCUUGGCUAUCAUGGCCACCAUCGGCCAGUUGGAAAAUGCCUCGCCUGUGGAAACGACUGAACUUGAGAAGCGUGUGACGCAUUCGGGAACGGCGACCGUGUAUAGCCAAGGUGGCGUCCCGGGAUCUUGCGGCAAAGUCAGCAACGGCAACGAUUAUGUCGUUGCCUUGGGACGAAACUGGCAGAGCAACAACGGCUUCUGCGAACGCAAGAUUCAGAUCACUAAUGCUGGUCCUUACGAAGACCAAAGUGUUGGCGGCAAAGGCAAGGUGAUUGUCGCGACUGUCCGAGACUUGUGUGAGGGCUGCAACGGCGACGACAUUGAUCUAUCUUACGGUGCUUGGAAUGCUCUCACGAACAACCACGUCGCAAGCCGUGUUCGUGCAACGUGGCACUUCUGCAACGCCAAUGGGCAGUGUUAG